UCUUCAGGAAGGCGGGCUCUCGCUCUGUCCGGUGGCCCAAGGCAAGGUUCCUCCCCACGUGGGGAAAAAAGGAGCGAUGGCCGUGGCGGAAGGUCAGUCCCAGCCAGCCGGAGCGCUGGCGUUGGAGGAGAGGGUGGAAGCAGACCUGCCGGCUGCAUUAAGCCUGUUGAAAUCACUCCAAGAGCAGGCUGUUGCCGUGACCCAACAUGUCCAGGGCUUGGCACAGAAAGUGCGGGCAGGCGUCUACCCCACAGAAAAGGGCCUCAGUUUCCUGGAAGUGAAGGACCACCUUCUGCUUCUCUACCUCCAAGACCUCUCGCACCUGAUUCUGGAGAAGAUCUCCGGCCGCUCCAUGGCCAACCACCCUGCAUUGCUGCGCUUGGUGGAAACUCGAACGGUGUUGGAAAAGAUGCGCCCCAUCGACCAGAAGCUGAAGUACCAGGUGGACAAAUUGGUGAAGGCUGCUGUGACCGGAGCCCUGAGUGAAAACGACCCGCUGAGGUUCAAGCCGAAUCCUAACAACCUGAUGAGCAAGCUUAGUGACUCGGAGGAAGAAGAUGGAGAAGUUGAUGUCGUGAAGAAUUCUGGGAAAGGAACAUCAAAAGGAGGAAGCAAGAAAUACAUCCCGCCUCGUCUGGUGCCUGUACAUUACAACGAAACAGAGACCGAGAGGGACAAGAAGAUGCUGGAGCAGGCCAAGAAGCGUGCUCUGAGCAGCUCUAUCAUCCGUGAGCUGAAAGAGCAGUACUCUGAGGCCCCGGAGGAGGAGCGCGAAGGACGCUACGCACACGCCACCAGACAAAGCCGAGAAGAUGAACACAGGACCAACUAUGAGGAGAGCAUGAUGGUCCGUCUCAACCUGACCCGGAAGGAAAAAGCGCGCCGGAGGAGAGAGGGCGUCCUGAGUUCCCAGCUGAAUUCGCUCACCCACUUUGGGGACAUCAGUGCGUUGACGGGAGCUCCAGCCGUGUUGGGAGAGGACGCAAAUCCCCAAAAUAAGAAGAGAAAGAAGAUUGGCCCAAAGCGAGGAAAGAAGAAAAAAGGUUUCCACAAGAGGUGAUAAACUCCCUUUCACUCGUUGGGGACUGAUCUAUACCUCGGAUUUAUUUUGUUUUUUAACAUGCCCUGUAUGAGGGGAAGGGAGAAAGAGUGUUGUGGACAAUAAAAUGUGGUUUGCCUGUUUUCCUGUCAA